UCUUCAUUAAACCCGAGGCAUUUACAGCGACAAGUGGCAGCAUGAGUGUAUCCCUUGCAGUGACUUUCGCUAGCACUGGUGACUACUUUCUCUUCGCUUUCUACGUUCUGGUGGCAACCUGCACGUUUUUAGUAGCCGGAGCUGUGGUUGUAGCUAUACUUGGCUCCAAGUCCCUCCGCACUGAAAAUCGGUUUAUCUUCAUGUUGAGCACCAGCAUCAGCGACACUCUUUCCGGUUUUGGGUUAUACUAUGGUGGGCUUUUUGACGUAAAGGAAUCUUACCCACAAAAAAACGGGACGUACUUUGUAUUACCUACUUUACUCGGCGUGAACUUCUUAACAAUUCUGACUGCACAGAUUGAUCGGUAUGUAGCGAUAUCUUAUCCGUUUUUCUAUGCUCGGCGGAUAACUUUGAGACUCGUUAUUGGCAUCUGUAUUUUUAUAUGGAUUUUUAGUUAUUUAACGCUACUGCUGAUGAAUUUCGUGCCAUGGCAAGUGGCUGUGAUCUACAACGCAAUAAGCACAUUAGGCUUUCAGAUUAUUGCUGUGAUUUUGAUGAUCGGACUAAAUAUUAAACUCUGUAUAAUCACACAUUAUCAGAUGAAGCGGGAGCCACCAAGUCCAGAGACUGAUGGUAAACGUUCCUCUGUCAUCCUCGUCAUAGCUGUCACCACGUGCUUUCUUGGAUUUUGGACGCCAGCAUUCAUUAACGUCUCGUUGCGUGGAUUAACGUCUUUUGGGUACUAUUUCGAGAAUGACGCAGUUGACCCCUUCGGUGCUCUGAUCCGUAUUAACCCUUUGUCUACACCCUCAUUGUACAUUAUAGGAAGCAUUUCUCUUAGAAAGGCAAUUGUGAAGGUUCUAUGUUGUGGCGCUUGCUGCAAAGCAAGAAAUUAAAAUCGAAGAGUUUCACAAUUUUAAAUUAAAAGAGGAAUAUAUUAAAAGUUACUAGACAGAAAGUUUGGCAAAUACAAAUAUCUGAGAGUUGAGGUCAGUUGGCAUAUGAGGAACAGAAAGACCAAAUAAGCACAAUAAGAUCACGGAACGAUUAGGCGCC